AUGGAAAAGGGGCAUAAUAUCACUGUAUUUAUUCUCCUGGGAGUCUCCCACAGCAAGAACACUGAAAUCUUUUGCUUUGUAUUAUUAUUAUUUUGCUAACUUGCUAUUUGGCUGGGGAAUGUGCUCAUAAUGAUUUCUAUCACACGCACGCAGCUAAUUGACCAGCCCGUGUAUUUCUUCCUGAAUUAUCUCUCCCUCUCGGACCUUUGUUAUACAUCCACGGUGACACUCAAGCUAAUGACUGACCUACUGGCAGAAAGAAAGACGAUUUCCUAUAGUAACUGCAUGCUACAGCUUUUUAGCACCCAUUUAUUUAGAGGCAUCGAGAUCUUCAUCCUCACGGGGAUGGCCUAUGACCACUACGUGGCCAUCUGCAGGCCGCUGCACUACACUGUAAUCAUGAGCAGGCCCAGGUGUAACUGGAUCAUCUCAGCCUGUUGUUCUGGGGGAUUCCUGCACUCGGCCAGCCAGCUCCUCCUCACCGUCUUCUUACCGUUCUGUGGUCCCAAUGAGAUAGACCACUACUUCUGCGAUGUGUACCCUUUGCUGAAGUUGGCUUGCAUGGACACACACACAUUUGGUCUCUUGGUCAUUGCUAAUUCAGGCUUAAUUGCUUUGGUGACCUUUGUAGUCUUGAUGUUGUCUUACUUUUUCAUACUGCAAGCCUUAAGAGCAUGUUCAGUGGAGAGCCGCACCAAAGCGCUUUCCACCUGCAGUGCUCACGUAGCUGUCGUGGUCUUGUUUUUCACACCUGCGUUAUUCAUUUACAUCAGACCAGCAACAACACCGGCAGCAACGUACCCAGAAGAUAAAGUAUUGGCUCUGUUCUACACCAUCAUCGCUCCCAUGUUCAACCCUCUGAUCUACACGCUGAGGAACACGGAGAUGAAGAAUGCCAUGAGAAAAGUUUGGCUUCAUCAAAUCCUACUGAAAAACAAGUAA